CAUUAUGACCAGCAACACUCUGCUGGAGAAAGAACCAGCCAAGUCUCCAGAGAAAUCAUGGUCCAAAGAUGAAAAUUUUGAAGAGAAAUACUCUGUUCUGGAGUAUGCUCAGAAAGCCACAGAGCUUCGAACUUCUAUUAGGGAAAAUAUAGAAUUGAUUCGACUUAAGAAGCUCUUACAUGAAAGGAAUACCUCAUUGGCAGUAACAAAAGCACAGUUAACAACAGUUCAAGAGAAUCAAGGAAUCCUGAGUGCAGCCCAUGAUGCCCUCCUCAGCCAAGUGAAUGAGCUCAGGGCAGAACUGAAGGAAGAGCGCAUGAAGGCUGUGAGCUUAAAGAGGCAACUAGAAGAUGUGUCUAUUCUGCAGAUAACAUUGAAGGAGUUUCAGGAGAGAGUUGAAGAUUUGGAAAAAGAACGCAAAUUGCUGAUUGACAAUUAUGACAAACUCUUAGAAAAUGUCAACUUUUUAAUCUGACUCUUAGGCAAGACCAUUGGUGAAGGUAAGUAGAU